AUGUUUGAUUUAGGUUAUUUCUUUCGUGCAUCAUCAUUAUUUUGGCGAUCAAAAUCAGGUGGAAAAGUGAAACACUUACUCGAUGAAUCGAUCAUUAAAGGUCGUUGUUGGACAACUGAUCUUGAUACUAACUGGCACAUGAACAAUGCGAGAUACUUACGGCAAUGCGAUUUUGGUCGAAUUACCCUGCUAUUAGAAAACGGUUUAUGGGAUGCUGUUUUAGCUAGAAGAAAAACUGGCAUGAAAGAUGCAACUGUUCUAGUUAGUGCAUUACAAACUCAAUAUCGUCAAAGUGUACAGUUAGGCGAUCGAUAUGACAUUCGCACAAGAAUUCACGGAUGGGACGAUAAAGCAUUCUAUUUAGAACAAGUGAUAGUAUUUGAUAAGAAUCAAAAGAUUGCUUUUCUCAUGCUAAUUCGCUUGGGAUUAGUUCCACGAUCUCUUACACCGCAAAUGUUAGUUGACGAUCUCAAUCUUGGAGUCAAGCAAUCACCACCAUUUUCACCAUCUGUGAAAGCUUUUCAGGAAAAUUAUCAAUUAAGUUAUCCGAUAAUGAAACAAUAA